AAGUUUUUAACCAAGUUUAUUUUACCUAAACGGUUUUUGUUACCUAAACGGUUUUUUUUAAAUUCAAGGUUCCAAAUCAUUCCAUUGUUUCCUGGAUAAUUUUGUCCACAGAUCUUAUAUGUAUCUUACCAGCAUUAUCGUUCCAACUAUUUAUUUCACCAUUGUGCUCGCCAAGCUGUGUGUUCUUGUCUACCGAUCACAGACAAAAUGUCGGAAUCCAUUGCAGAUCACACGGCGAGAGUCAACGCAUCGGCCUGGGAUGCUUUGAGCACGCUGGAUGAUCUGUUGUCGGCUGUCUGCAUCAGUCGACCGGUGGAGGAAUGUGUCGUGAAUCUGAUCGAGCUAGCGGUCUUCGUCGUUCGAAAUUAUGCCGAAGAGGAAGAAUUCGAAGAGGAACCUCACUGUCGUCGAAUGGAAAGAGCCGAGAAACCCGGAACGGAUCAGUGGACCAAUGGGCAGCACAGUUCAACGGGCUGGACAGACAGUACGAAUCGUGGUCAUGGUGUGCGCGUCUUGGCCGAGAUGAAGAAAUUCCUGGAAACAAAGAGCCAGGAGAUUUUGGAGCGUCUGAGCCAGAUGUUCGACCGCGGCGGCGACAACAGUCGCGCGGUACCCACUGCCGCUUCUUGCAGCUCCGUCAAUGAGACCGGCACCAGUUCGAACUCGGAAAGCGUGUAUUUCGAUGCCAACGAUACACGUGAUGAGACUGUGACGGUGGAGAAUUUCUACGAUUCAUGGGGCUCUGAUGCGAAAGACAACCAUGCCGAUAACAGCUCUGGAUGGGGAAGUUCCCGUUAUUCGUCAGCAAAGGAAGAAAAUGACGGCUGGAACAGCAAUACUGCCGAAAACUCGCCUGAUAGAGACAGUGGGUGUGGGAAUUCGACCACAGUAGACGAUGGAUGGGGAAAUUCGAGCAGUGCCAACAACGGUUGGGAUUCGAAUCCGGCGAGAGCGGACGAUGGCUGGGACAAUCCGACUAGUGCCAAUAAUGGGUGGAAUUCGAAUUCAGCAUCACUGGAGGAUGGUUGGGGAAAUUCAACCAGUGCCAGCAAUGAUUUGAGAUCGAAUUCGGCCAGAGUAGACGACGGCUGGGGCAACUCAACCAGUGUCAACAGUGGAUGGAGUUCUAAUUCGCCGGCAGCGAAUGAUAGUUGGGGAAAGUCGACCAGCGCCGACAGAAGCUGGGGGAAUUCAACGGCAGCUGCGGAGGCUGGUUUGGGGAAUUCGGAUAGUAUGGAGAAUGGUUGGACAGGCGAGAUUAAUGGAAAUGAAGAGUUGAUCACUGAGGAUGAAAGUACUUUUUCUCGGGAUGCGACAUGGUCUCAACAGAGCGAAGCCGUUAUUGCCGGCGGCGUCUUUGGGCGCGAUAAAAGUUCGGCUUUGCAUGUACAGCGGUUGGAGUUUGCCGGAUACAAUUGGAUUGUUAAGCACACCGAUCACGGUCUGGAAUUGUGCGACUCUCGCAAUGUCUGGGUGGAUGUGGACGGUCAGCUGCAUCUGCGAUUGGCGGCUUACGGUGGGAAGUGGCGGGGCGCGUCCGUCUGCAGUGAAGAUUGUUUUGGCUUUGGAGACUACACUUUCGGCGUGCUGGGCCAUCUGGACGCGUUGGAUCCACAUGUGGCGUUCGAAAUCUGCUCGUUUCUGGAUACGUACGGAGUCAAUGCGGAAAGUGUGCAGGUCCUGUUUUCGCGGCGUGGCGAUGCGGACGAGCUGCCGGGGGAAUAUGUCGUGCAGCCGAGUCUUUUGCUUCGGAGAAGACCGCUUGGUUCCAGAAAUUCGAUUUCCGUCUGGAGAACAAGUCGGGCAUGUGGCUGCGUCGUAUCAUUCUGCACAAAGACUCGUGCCACCACUGUCUGUUCAUCGUAUCCACCGCGAUGGCAGACGCGUAGUGUUUAGUUCCCGCCAGAAGACCGACCGGUCCAUGGUCAAAUUCGCCGGCAAUGUCUUCAAGCCGAAGGAUGCGGAUGCACUCGUGAAGAUCCCGCAACAACCGAUGCCGGUGCACUUCCGGUUGUUCUCCAGUAUCCCGCCGACGGAUGGACGGGAAGUGGAGAUUGUCGUGACGUCGUUUGAGUUUAGUUCGGAGUAAUGAAAAAUCUGCCGUUCAUGGCUUUCUUUCUUGACUGAUAGUGGGAAAUGAACAGCGAUCUGUUAUAAUGUACACUUUAUUGUGUGAUGAUAAGCAAGUCCAUAAUGCCACUUUAACGCUACAUGUGCUUGUGUUAUUUACAGGCAGGUGCUCGUUGUUGUACUGGCUGUUCCGUUGUCAUAAUUAUAAGCUUUUCUUAUGCAUUAUGUUGAUGUGAUUGUUAUCCUUGUUUUACAGAUUGAUAUGAUUGUUUUUCUUUUAAAUCUGUCUUGUGCUAGAAGGAUUGCAGUUGACGACGCUUGUU